UAGCGACUCGCGCGGUCCGCGUCGUGCAGAGUGAGUCAGUUCAGGGGAGAGGGGGUGGGAUGGCGCGGCCGGAGGAGAAGCUGCGGUGCACGAAGGAGCCCUUCAUCGAGGAUGCCGGCACGCGGAGGAUAAAGAGCAUCCGGUUCAGCAUGUUCUCGGGCAACGAGGUGCGCCAAUCCGCGGAGGUGCAGGUUUGGAACAGCCGGAUCUACAACCAGGAGAUGAGGCCUGUGCCCAACGGAUUAUUGGACACGCGGAUGGGUGCGGCGAACAAGCUUGGGGAGUGCAGUACUUGUCAUGGUUCAUUUGCUGAAUGCCCUGGUCAUUUUGGUUACUUGAAGCUUGCGCUUCCAGUUUUUAAUGUUGGAUUCUUUAACUGUAUUUUGGAUGUAUUGAAGUGCAUCUGCAAGGGCUGCAGCAGGGUUCUUCUUGUGGAGAAAGAUCGCCUAGAGUUUUUGAAGAAAAUGAGAAAUCCCAAAGCAGAUCCGCUACAGAAAAGUGCUAUCAUGAAAAAAGUGAGGGACAAAUGCAAAUUAUCCCGUUGCCCCUGGUGUGGAUUCAUAAAUGGUGUUGCUAAAAAGGGCAGAGCAGGCUUGAUAAUUCUUCAUGACUGUAGCAAAACAUUGGAUGGAAGCACAGAAGAACUCAAGGAAGCACUAUCACAUAAGAAAGAAAAAUUAUCUUUUAGUGCUGUUCACAUGCUAGACCCUGCAACUGUUCUAUCUCUUUUCAAAAGAAUGACAGACGAGGACUGUGAAUUACUAAACCUUGGUGAUAGACCUGAGAAACUUAUUGUGACAGAGAUUGCAGUGCCACCUGUACCUAUACGUCCUUCUGUUUUCGUGGCUGGUGGAAGAAUGAGCAAUGAAGAUAGCAUUACCGUCAUAUUGAAGAGUAUUGCUAAUACAAAUUCCAUCCUUAAGGAGAACCUUCAAACCGGUGGCCAGUUCAUGAAAUGCUUUGAUUGCUGGCAACACCUUCAACUUCAAGUUGUUGAAUAUAUCAACAGUGAUGCACCCUCUCUACCUGAGUCACAGCAUCGAGGCCUUGUUCAACGACUCAAAGGGAAGACAGGCCGAUUUCGAGGUAACUUGUCUGGAAAACGUACUGAAUACACUGGAAGGACUGUCAUUUCUCCUGAUCCAAAUUUGCGAAUAACAGAGGUGGCUAUUCCCAUCCUGAUGGCUCGAGUUUUGACUUAUCCUGAAAGAGUUUCAUACUAUAACAUAGAGAAGCUGCGUCAGUGUAUACGAAAUGGUCCACACAAACAUCCAGGGGCAAAUUUUAUCAUACAAACUGAUGGAACAAAGCUGCACUUAAAGUAUUGUGAUAGAAGAAUUGCUGCUCGAGAUUUGAAGUAUGGUUGUGUAGUCGAAAGGCAUUUAGAAGAUGGAGACAUUGUCCUCUUCAAUAGACAACCGAGCUUGCAUAGAAUGUCAAUUAUGUCUCACAGGGCAAGGAUAAUGCCCUGGAGAACACUAAGGUUUAACGAGUCUGUCUGUAACCCAUAUAAUGCUGACUUUGAUGGUGAUGAGAUGAAUUUGCAUGUCCCUCAGACCGAGGAAGCUCGUACUGAAGCACUUAUGCUCAUGGGGGUUCAGAAUAAUUUAUGUACUCCUAAGAAUGGGGAAAUUCUGGUUGCAUCCACACAAGACUUUUUGACAUCUUCUUUUCUGGUUACAAGGAAAGAUAACUUUUAUGACAGGUCAUCAUUUACUCUCUUAUGUUCAUAUCUUGGUGAUGCAAUGGAAAACAUCGAUUUGCCAACGCCUGCUCUGGUUAAGCCUAUUGAGCUUUGGACUGGUAAACAACUCUUCAGUGUGUUAGUACGUCCUAACGCAUGUACAAAGGUGUUUCUGAAUCUUACUGUUAAAGAGAAAAUUUAUUCGAAGUCACGUGAAACGAUGUGUCCCAAUGAUGGUUUUGUGUACUUCCGAAACAGUGAACUUCUAUCUGGCCAAGUUGGGAAGAAAACCUUAGGUAAUGGGAAUAAGGAUGGCAUGUUCUCUAUUCUUGUAAGAGACUAUAAUUCUCAUGCUGCAGCAAGUUGUAUGAACCGCUUGGCAAAAUUUAGUGCAAGAUUUAUUGGGAACCAUGGUUUCUCAAUUGGUGUGGAUGAUGUUCGACCAGGAGAACAUCUAGACCAACAAAAGAAAAAGAAAAUAGAUGAGGGGUACAAAGAAUGCCAUGAUCUUAUUACUUCUUUUUCCAAAGGUGCACUCACUUUGCAACCCGGUUGCAAUGCAGCUCAAACACUGGAGCAUAAAAUAACUCAUGUACUGAAUAAAAUCAGAGAAGCAGCUGGAAACAUCUGUAUGGAUACACUUCACUGGAGGAACAGCCCAUUAAUCAUGUCUCAAUGUGGAUCUAAAGGUUCUCCAAUCAACAUUAGUCAGAUGGUUGUAUGUGUUGGCCAACAAUCAGUUGGAGGGCAUCGUGCCCCGAAUGGUUUUAUAGAUCGAACUCUUCCCCACUUUCCUAUAAAUUCAAAGACUCCUGCGGCCAAAGGUUUUGUUGCAAAUUCUUUUUAUAAUGGUUUGACUGCCACUGAGUUCUUCUUCCAUACGAUGGGUGGGAGAGAAGGUCUUGUUGACACGGCGGUUAAAACAGCAGAAACAGGAUAUAUGUCCCGCCGAUUAAUGAAAGGAUUGGAAGAUCUUUCAGUUUUCUAUGAUCAGACAGUCCGCAAUGCUAGUGGUGGUAUUGUUCAAUUCCUAUAUGGAGAUGAUGGCAUGGAUCCUGCAAAGAUGGAAGGGGAAGAUGGCAAGCCCUUAAAUUUGGAUCAAUUGUUUAUGAAAGUCAUGGCCACAUGUCCUCAAAGGGGACAGAAUACAUUAUCUCCAGGUGAAAUAUUGCAAAUUUUAAAUGACAAGCUCUCUGAACAUGAUGCCUCCUCUGAUGAUGGUUGUAGCGAAAAGUUCAAGCAACUGUUAAAGGAUUUUCUUGAGGACCGUAUAAAAUUGUUGAAGAGCACAAGGAGAGCUCUUUGCCUAGAUGAAAAUCAUGUUGGAAAGGACUCCAGCAUUGAAGAAUCCAUUGCUGCUAAUAUUUCUGGUAUAUCUGCAAAACAACUACAGGUUUUCUUGGACACUUGUUUAUCUCGUUAUCACUCAAAGAAAAUUGAAGCUGGAGCAUCGAUUGGGGCAAUUGGAGCUCAAAGUAUUGGAGAGCCUGGAACUCAGAUGACAUUGAAAACAUUCCAUUUUGCAGGAGUAGCUAGCAUGAAUGUUACUCUUGGUGUUCCUCGCAUCAAGGAAAUUAUCAAUGCUGCUAAAAAGAUAAGCACACCUAUUAUCACUGCUGAGCUACUUUCUGGGAAGGAUGUUUUGUCUGCACGCGUUGUGAAAGGUUCUAUGGAAAAAGCAGUUCUGGGUGAGGUGGCUGAAGACAUAAAGAUUGUAUUAAAAUCAAGUCAGCCAAACUUGGUUGUCAAACUUGAUAUGCAACGUAUAGAAGAUCUGCACAUGGGCAUCUCUGCGGACUCUGUGCAGCUGUCAAUUUUGAAUCAUCCAAGAAUAAAGUUAAAAUCUGAGCAUGUUCGUGUCAUCGAUAAAGCAAAGUUGAGAGUAUAUCCAACUGCAAUAGAUAAAUCCAAACUUCUAUAUGAGUUGCAUAACCUCAAAUCCAUGCUUCCAAAAGUGAUCGUGAAGGGUAUUCCAACUGUUGAAAGAGCUGUUAUCAGCCAAACUGGAGAUAAAUACAGCUUGUUAGUUGAAGGAACAAACCUAUUGGCAGUAAUGGGUACUCCAGGAGUUGAUGCUAUGAAAACAAAAAGUAACCACAUCAUGGAAGUGAACCGGACGCUUGGAAUUGAAGCUGCAAGGAGAUCUAUUAUCGAUGAAAUUCAGUAUACAAUGACAAGUCAUGGGAUGAACAUUGAUUCGAGACAUAUGAUGCUUCUAGCAGAUUUGAUGACAUAUAAGGGUGAAAUUCUUGGCAUCACUAGAUAUGGUAUUGCAAAAAUGAAAAGUAGUGUGCUGAUGUUGGCUUCGUUUGAGAAAACUGCGGAACAUCUCUUUAAUGCAUCAUACAGUGGUCGUGAGGAUCAGAUAGAGGGAGUUAGUGAAUGCAUUAUCAUGGGUAUACCCAUGCAACUUGGUACUGGUAUUCUCAAAGUCAGACAAAGGCUUGACCAUUUGCCUGAAUUUAAGUAUCAGCCUGAUCCAAUAUUAGCGUGAUUUAAGCCAGAAGCCUCGAACCAGACCAAUUCAUCUGAAGCUGAAACUCUGUAAACUCUGUACAUAUAUAUAAUAGAGGAGCGCGGAUGUAUAAGCAUCACAUUGGGCCGUGCAGCUGCGGCAACUGUAAUUUGAGGCAAGUCUGCACUGCUGAGGCAUUUGUAUUUGCUCCGAUAGUGAUUUUUCUUUUGGAUAAUCCACCGUAUGUUUCAGCUUGUUUUGGUUUAGUUCCCUCGUGUUCACAUUUUAUUCGUUUGCACACUCACCUCUACGAACUUAUACUCACUCGGAGGACUAGGCCAGCACGCUUGAGAUUGAAGAAGUCAAUCAUGAGCGCCUCGUUAUUGACGGGUAGAUAGCAUACUAUUGAAAAAUAUUUGGCUGUAAAUACAAGCACCAGUGUCUAGUACAGUAAUUGGAAUUC